AUGCCAGCUAUCAUGAGCCAGAACGUGAUCGCGCCAGACAGGAUCAAGCCUAAAGGCCCAUUCUCGAGCGGAACUCAGCUACCGACUCCUCACGCCAGUAUAGAAUCCCAACGCUAUCACUAUGACCACAGCUACACUGAAAACAAUAUCAGCAGUAGCAACGGUUAUAUAAGGCCCAUCGGAAAUGCCAUUAUGACCGGGAGCAUCCCCGCUACCGAUGAAGAUCAAAGCGUCCUCAUUACAACCUCCUCCACCGCCCCAUCCAGGCGCCAACGUAAGACUCCUUCACUUCCUCUCAUUCAGGCACCCUCCUUUCGUAACAAGAGAGGCCGCAAAUCCAAGUCAACAAGCUCAGGUUCAGCCUCGUUAUCAGUGAGUGCGCCGUCUCCGAGUUCACUUUCUACCAUGGAGACGCCUUUAGGCCAUAUCCGUAAAUGGACCUCUGCUCUCUCCUCUUCGUCCAAAAAGCAGCAGGAUAUAUCUUCAUCCCCAAAAUCACGCUCAAAGAGCUCUCGGAAAAGCAGGGCCAUUGGACCCAUCAGCGCUCCCCAGCCAUUGAUCGCCCCUGCGCCGUACGCAUGCACUCCUUUACCAUACUCAGGCGCCUUAGACACAACCGAGCCUGCAACAUCAUACCUGGCUUUGCCUACAAAUCCUCAAGCACUCCAUAUGCCAACUGACUCCUCAAAUCCAAGCAAUUACUCCAGCCUGAGCAAGAACUAUCGCACCACUUGGAAAGGCAGACUGUUUUAUCCCACCGGAAAUGAGCAGGAUCGGCAGACGAGCACCAACUCGAACACAGAGGAUGUCAACGAAUGGUCCAGUCAGGAGAGUGAUGUCGACGCCUACAAUCCAGUAGCUACCGAUCGAACUGAGCAUCGAGCCACGAUACACAAUUCUUCGCCCCUAGCACAAACGAUUCUACCAUCGUAUAGGGAGGAUAUCACCAUCGACCUGGCUGCUCUGAUGAGCCCUAUAGACGACGCUCAGUUCGGCUUGGAUAGCUUUGGUCCUUUCAAUAUAACACCAAAGAACAAAGCUGGAGAAUCGACGUCUGUGCAAGCGACACCCACGACUGCUCAGUCUAUGCUGGAUAUUUUGAGCGCAACCAAUGCAGAAGACACCUCGCAGUGCCAUCAGCGGGAGCAGUAUGAUAUUUACUGUAAUAUGGAUGGAAAACCUGAGCAAAAGGCGGGAACGGAGCAAGGAAAUAUCUCUAACAGUCUGGAAAGCGAUGUGCAUGACUCUACGGCUAGCCCCUGCGAGCGGCUGGAAUCCGACCUCAAUACGUUCGAGUCGCGUACGUGGACUAAAGGAAAGGACGACUCAGAGCAAAGAACGAUCUGGCGCCGACAUAUCAGAGCAUCAUCAACAUCUUCUGAUUCCUCGACGUCCUCGACGUCCUCGACAGAGUCGUUUUCUUCGGAUUCCUCCGAUUCUUCCCAGACAUCGCCGAUUAGUGGUGUAUCCUUUUUCUCCAGUCCACCAAAGACCUUCGCUGCUGCUACCAUCGAGUCGUCAACGUCGUCAGAAACUGCGUUAUCUACCAAUACUAUUAAGGUCCCCAGCAGUAUGAUGACCAUGCUACCAGCCAGCAACAGGAGGGAGAAGGAAACCUCAUACAGUUUUUCGACAACUUCUCCUGUCGCCCCACCAUCGGAGAAUCCAGGGAGUGAACGCACGGAUACAGGGUUCACUAGACCGUCCCUUCCAGCAACAGGAACAACACAUGCGAACCCAAAAGCUUUGAUGCUGAAGAGAAUGGCAUACAUUCACACGCUCAAGAAACUACGCGAGCGAGAGCGGCGACCAUUCCAACAUGCUGUUCUACUACAACUCGUUUUACUUCAACUUCGCCAAGGCAUCACCAACAACCAAUGCGAGGAAAUCGGAGACUUUUACACGUCCAUGUGGACAGCUCACUUCCCAGCGAAGUGGGGCGUUUCGAGCCUUACCGCUCCGGGCCAAUGCCAAAGUUAUGUUCAGCAAACGCUGCUGCAGGGUCUUCAACGAGGUCAGAGUGAGAAUGGUCUCAACCAGGCGAAGACCACAGCACCACAAAGUAGCAAGGAUGCCAAGACAAAACGCUCUUUUAUUUCAUCUAUCCAGAGUCGCAUUCAGUUUAGCAAGGCUUCUAAUGGUGCCAGCGUUAGCAGCAGCGUCAGCAGCAACGUUAUGGAACCUGUCAGCGACUCUGGUGCGACAUCGACAUCACCCGCAUAUUAUCUAUCACCCCCACUUGCUUCUUCGUGUGUGAACCGAGCGAACUCUACGGCCUUCAAGGACCGAUUCCCACUUCUACGGACCCCUCCCUACCCUCUCAUCAAUUUGGACGAAAAGGAUCCAUUUCCGCUUGCACCAGCCUCACACAGGACAGUAUCAGCUACCACAGUUUCCGGCGGGGCUCCCUCUAUCUGUGUCGGCUAUGGCGUGGAUAAAGAUGGCCAGGCUGAUCUCGACCAACAUGAAGCGGUUCGACCCUCUCCCACAAUUAUCAUUCCGAAACGUACGACAGGACGAAAAGGUUUGCUCUAUCUACAACAGCAGCAAUUUCAAAUGCAGCUUCAGCGCCAGCUUCAAAGAAGGCUCGAGACAUCAACCAUCCUUUUGGCCUCAAAUGAAUGCCCUGGACACCAGAAUUUAAUGGCGAAAGAGCAAGACCAGGCGCCAUUGCUAGCCCAGCUUCUCGGGACUCGACCGCGGUUCGCAACAUCGACGUAUACGACCGUCUUCAGCGAAGAUUUUGGAUUGGUCACGAAACCACUAGCUGAACAGUCUAUGAAGGAACCGGAAGUGCACCCGGAUACACAGGUGGAUGGUUCUUGGACAUUCCAUCUAUCUACGGCGACUCUUGCGACAGGUUCUAGCUGGUCUGCACCACCCUCACAUAAUAUACACUCAGCAGCAACUCACGGUCAUUUGUCAAUGUUCCCAGCGUUUUCUGCAGAUGGGAGCACAGGCCCCAUAAGACAGUCCCUGACCAGAUCGCCACCCUUCCACUCCUCAUUUGCAAACACGUCCGUCUCUGUGCCAGUACCAGUACCAGUCUCUUGCCUGCCUAUCAGGGGUCCUCGGCUUUUGCAGGCCUGCGAUUAUAUUCGUCCGAGCACGAGCAGAGUCUCUUUAUCUGCAUCGAUGCACUCGCCCUCUUUAGCGCAUGCUCAGACUACACAGCAUACUGCUGGCUACUUUGCUGACAACCAAGCAUUUCCUGCACGCAAGGCUAGUAACAGCCGUGCAAAUCUGGAUGCCAUUCGACAAUGCACAACACAGCCAGGGAAUAUACAGGGGGCUACUGCUCAACCCGUACUAUCCACGCCACAACUUCCGUGCAUGAUGGACUCGGAUGCAAAAACGUUUAUUGAACCGUCAAUGGAGAGAGGAUUCAGGUCACACCAAGCAAGGGAGAACAAGACCGAAAGCAGUACUUGGCUCAACCGCUCUUUACAGAGGCUCCGAUCACGACGUAGCAUGGACGGAGCGAGGGACCGCGCGAGUAGCAGGAACGCGCACGGGCUUCAAGCGCGGCAUAGUAUGGACGACGAUAGAAGGAGCGCCCAGGAGAAGCAGGGGAUUGUCAAAGACGGACAGGUGGAAGAGGAAGAGGACGUGCCAUUGGCGUUUGUGCGGAGAAGGAUUUCAAGCGAAAUGCAAUGGUCAGCGAUUUGA